AAAUUUAUCACUCUUCCGCCCAAUUUCAGUUGUCCAAACACACAUGCAGUAAACCGGCAGUACGGGCGGAUAAAAAGGUGAGAGAUUAACGGCCAUAGUGCUCCCGCGCUCUUAUCACUAAAAAGAGAGAACUGGUGGAUACAGGAGAGAGAAAGUAGAGAGAGAGAGAGAGAAUGCGAAGCCUAUCGCUCUCUUCGCAGAGCGUGUUGCUGAGGACUCAUUCACCGCCUCCUCCUCCAUCUUCUUCUUCUUCACGUCCCAAACCUCUCAAAUCGCAUCAUUUUUAUCGAUUUCCGAAGCUCUCUAGUCCCAAUCCGAGCCUCUUUCUCUCAAGGUACGCGAGGCAGCAAUGCGUAAACCUAUACAAUGAGUUCAUGUUCCUACAUGGCAAUGCAUACAAAGUAAUUGAAUUGACAAACAAUGUAGAUGUUGUCAAUGGUGUCUUGGACGAAUUGCAUUCAAAAAGGAAAACCAGAGGGAGGAAUUUUGUACCUGGAGAUGUCCCAGUUUCAGCACUCUAUGGCUACCUAAAGUUUGUUCUGCUCUUUGGAUUAUUCACCCUUGAAGGCACUCAACAAGCAGUUGCUGGUUCAGAUUUCACAAGUGGAUUGCAAUCAAUGCCUUUUCUUGGGGACCUAGGCGAUAUUAGCACAGGUUUUGCUUCAGCAUUCUUGCUUAUAUUUUUCUCUGAACUAGGGGACAAAACCUUUUUUAUUGCGGCACUUCUAGCAGCUAGGAAUCCUGGUGCCGUCGUUUUCGUGGGGACUUUUGGCGCACUUGCGGCAAUGACAAUCAUAUCUGUUGUUCUCGGGCGGACAUUUCAUUACAUCGAUGAUAUCCUUCCAUUCAGAUUUGGUGACACUGAUCUACCUGUUGAUGAUAUUGCUGCAGUUGUCCUUCUGGUGUAUUUUGGGGUUUCAACCUUGGUUGAGGCCAGCUCUGGUGACGGUCUUAAGGCAGAAGAAGAACAGAAGGAGGCAGAGCUGGCUGUUUCAGAAUUUUCAGGAAAUGGAGCUGGGAUUUUGGCCACUGCUAAUACAGUCGUUAGCACUUUCCUGCUUGUUUUUGUUGCAGAAUGGGGUGAUAAAUCAUUUUUCUCUACAAUAGCACUUGCUGCUGCCUCUUCACCUCUUGGAGUCAUUGGAGGAGCAUUAGCUGGUCAUGGAGUUGCAACUUUGCUGGCAGUGUUGGGGGGUUCUUUACUGGGUACAUUCUUAUCUGAGAAGGUAGUUGCCUAUAUUGGGGGAACUCUUUUUCUCGUCUUUGCGGCAGUAACAUUGAUCGAGAUAGUAACUUAAGUUUAAGGGCAUCCACAAUUGUUCUUGUUGUUCUUCACAAAUUGCAGGCAUUUGUAGAUUCAGUUGAACUGAUUUUAUUUCCUUGCACCAAAUGGGAUUUGAGAAAUUCAUAUGAAAUUUGAUUUUCAAUUUUUGACCUACUAUGAAUGAUUUGAGUCAUAUUCUUUAAA